AUUAGACCGCAAUGUUCAGUGAUCACUGAUCACUGAACAGCCGUGAUUUCUUGCCACAAUUCUGCUGACGCGGCCGGAAAAGUGCAGGCGGAAGUGACCAUGACGCCACGUCCGCGGCUCCUCCUCGUCUCGUUCUACUUCCUGCCACUAUAACAAGGCGACAUUGAUCGAGCACUCGUCGGAGUGGAGGACAGAUGCAUGAUCGGACCGGAGAUUCUUGAGCUCCAUGCAAGGCCCCCGUCGCUACAGACUCGAAGGUCCUCUCGACCCCGAUCUCCUUCGACCAAGGAACCAAGUUGUAGCAGCAGUGCGUGCUGGGCAGUAAAACUUGAGCGGCAUCUUUGGUUGCGGUUCUAUAUAUCAGUUCUAUGCCCCGCUCGCUCGACGCCCUGCACUUAUUGUGGUGACGUCUCCUCUCCCGGAGUCAAAGAUUUAUUCCCUUCAGCUUCUGCUGCACCUUCAUUUCGACGCAUCAACAUUCGUCGUCCACUGCGAGCCCGGCUUCGAAGAGCAGAGACUUCUGCGUGUAAGGUACUGUGGGGAUUGCCUCGCGGAAGGCGAAUUCUCUCAAACUUGCAGGGGACACAGCCACAGGGGAGCCGGCCUAUUUUGUCGAUCCUUGGUGGCAGCUUCCCAACCGCGUGGGCACCGUUUCGCAAGUUUCUGAUCACUGAAGAACCUGUUCUGUCCAUUUCAGCAGCAGAAAUCUGGAAUUGCUGCUGCUGAAAUCUUGCUGAUCGGUGGGAGAAGUGGAGAAGUCGAGAAGGGGAGAGAAGGUAGUAGAGGUAACUUUGAAUUCUGCCGAAUAGUGAGUUGGAAAUAAGCCGACUUGUGGAGGCUUUGUUGUUUCGAAGAUCAGCAAAAUGGCCGAGUACUUCCCAGCGCCCGGAAGGAACCACUUGUUUGUUCCAGGUCCGACCAAUAUCCCCGAGAGGGUUAUGCAAGCCAUGAAUAGAAACAACGAAGACCACCGAUCUCCUGCGUUUCCUGUCUUCUCGAAGGCUUUGAUUUCAGACGUGAAGCGUUUAUUCAAGUCGACCAAGGGAACGUGCUUUAUAAUUCCUACAACUGGAAGCGGCGGAUGGGAAAGCGCCUUGACGAACACGCUUUCGCCAGGCGACAAAAUCUUGACAUACCGGCUGGGGCAAUUCAGUCAUCUGUGGAUCGGACGCAUGACUCGCCUGAAUUUCGAGGUGGAGGUGGUGGAUCUCGAGUGGGGCUCCGGUGUGGACCUCGAGCAGUUCCGAUCGAAGAUUUCUGCGGACAGAUCCCACUCGUUCAAGGCUGUUUGCAUUGUGCACAACGAGACUUCGACCGCCGUCACGAACGACAUCGGUGGAAUGCGAAGAAUUUUGGAUUCGGUGGGCCACCCAGCGCUUCUGCUCGUCGACGCUGUGUCUUCGAUCGCCGGGCUCGACUUUCGAAUGGACGAGUGGAAGGUAGACGUUGCUCUCACGGGCUCCCAGAAGGCUCUCUCCAUGCCGUGCGGCCUGGGCAUCCUCUGCGCAAGCCCCAAGGCCCUCGAAGCAGCGAAGAGCGCCAAAUCGCUUCGAGUGUUCUUCGAUUGGGGUGACUACCUCAGUGCUUACAAGUCGGGAACUUACUGGCCUUACACUCCUUCUAUUCAGUUGCUCUACGGCUUGCGCGCUGCAUUGGAUAUGAUUUUCGAAGAAGGUUUGGACUGUGUCAUCGCCAGGCACCAUCGUUUCGGAGAGGCCACCCGUCUGGCUGUCAAGGCUUGGGGACUGAAGUUGUGCACUACAAAUCCCAUGUGGUACAGCGAUACGGUUACAUCUGUGCUUGUACCGCAACACAUUGACAGCGGUGAUGUGGUGAAGCUGGCGUGGAAGAAGUACAAUCUCAGUCUGGGAGUCGGCCUCGGGGAUAUAGCUGGAAAGGCCUUCAGAAUCGGACAUAUCGGCCACCUGAAUGAGCUGCAGUUGCUCGGGGCUCUGGCUGGUGUGGAGUUGGUUCUUAAUGAGGUCGGAGUGAAAGUACCUCUAGGCAGUGGUGUAGUGGCUGCAGGAACUUAUCUGUCGAAAUCUACUCCUUUGAUAGUCUCUAGACUCUGAGACUCUAGCGAGAAGCUCUGCAGGUCCUUGGGAUCAGGAGGAGGACGAAGUCCAGUGGCUGGACCUCGACCGUGACUUUUUGUUGUUGUCAUGCAGAUGGAUUCAGACACUAGUGGUCUAGAGAUGGAACAAUCGAACUCAACAUCGUCGACUGAGUUUGUGCUCAGCACUCGGAAGUAAGGGAAAUCAUGCCGGAUGAGGAGGAGUCGGCUCGAAGUUAAGGAUCAGCGCUUGUGCUAUUCAAAUAGAGAAACUGGGAUCAUCGCUCUGCCGAGAGAUUCCAUUCGGCCGUACCUGGCCUCCUUGCUGAGGAAAUGAAGAAGAAUCAGUGGGAUGGCCACAGCAAGAGGUAUUUGCAAACGGUCAUUUCAAGCAGGCUCAGACUAUCGAAAGUUGAAGGUUUAGUACGGCAAGUUGGAGUAGGAAUGCCGGGAAGGAGACUGUCAGUGGUACAAUAUUUCUCUCCCCGCCCACCUCGUAUGUCGUAGGAGGUGAAAUGUUUCAUAUUCCUUUAAGCCUAACUGUACAUUUUGCCGGUGGUUCGUCUUUGAAGUCGGAAUUCGAAGAUCAAAACUAUUGUGGUUGAUACAGUGCUGGCAUUCAUCAAGCCAAUCAUCACGUUGUAGACUUGAACUCAGAUGCACCAUUCCCCCAAAUUGUAUAAAUACCUAAGUGUUCGUGAAUAUAAACGGAGUAAACUUGCCC